AUGGCGGCAAUUUCAAUGUCAAAUUGUGUGAGAACGUUGAUCGUGGACGACAACGUUAUAACGGCAAAAGUACUCUCAAAGAUACUCUCCAAAGAAUUCGGUCAUAACACCUCCUGCGCGAUAAGUGGCAAGGAAGCUCUCAUAAAAUUAUCCAAGGAAACAUAUGACAUCAUAUUCAUGGACAUCGACAUGCCAGAAUUAUCAGGAAUCGAAACAACGAUAGAGAUACACAAGAAGGGUUCUAAC